UUUCAGUUGCCUUCCAAACGCGCUUAAGUUCAGUCGCUUUGAAUUCGACGCGGGUGGACGUGGAUAAAACACAUCCGUGGAAACACAAAACAAACUUCGCUCAGCUGCGCGCGUCGCGUUGCCCUGUGUGUGUGCUUUUGUUGUUGCGGGCAACGCUUAUAAUAUUUUAACUGCCUUUAGUUGCUACAACAAUCGUUUGUCUCGAGUGAAAAUGUAAAUAAAUGCUAGAGAGAAAAUCGCGAAAAGUAAAUAGACCCGAAUUAAGUAAGACAAAUGUGCAAAAGUGAUUGAAAGCCAGCCAAAGCAACCAAAAUGAUUGUGAAAAUGGAACCCGACGAGCUGAUCACGUUCCGUGUGCAGUAUCUGGUGGACAGCGAUCCGCUCUCGGCCUGCACCGCCUUCCCGAUCCCGGUGCGGGCGCCCACCUACGCCUUCGCCACCAACAUGCCGCUGGCCAAUCAGCUGGGCACCAUCCUGCGGCUGCUGAAUGCACCCCAAAGCAUCGAUGAUGCGGCCAUUCAGGUGUACAAGGAUGGCGACUACGGAGCCUACCUGGAUCUGGAGUCAUCGCUGGCCGAGCAGACCGAGGAAAUCGAGGGACUCAACGUGAGCCGCAAGAACUCUCUGGUGGUGCGAACGCAGCUGAAUGUGCGCGUGCACGCUAUAAUUGAGAAACUCCUAUCCGCGGAGGGCAGCGACCUGCGGCGCGCUCUCUUCUCGCUGAAGCAGGUGUUCCAGGAGGAUAAGGAUCUGGUGCACGCCUUCGUGGCCCUCGGUGGCCUCAAUUGCCUGGUGCGCGUGGGCAAUUGUGCGGAUCAAAACUAUCAGAAUUACAUUCUGCGGGCCCUCGGUCAGGUCAUGCUCUAUGUGGACGGCAUGAACGGCGUGAUGAAGCAUGAGCCGACGAUGCAGUGGCUCUACUCGCUGAUUGCCUCCAAUUACCGAUCCGUGGUGAAGACCGCCCUCAAGUUGUUGCUGGUCUUCGUGGAGUACGCCGAGUCCAACUGCUAUGCGCUAGUCAGUGCCAUUCACGCGGUGGACGGCUCCCAGGGCACUCUGCCCUGGUCGAAUAUAAUGAGACUGCUUAAGGACUAUGAUAAUGCCGAUGCCGAGUUGGUUAUCUACGCCACUUCGCUGAUCAACAAAACACUAGCGGGCCUGAACGAUCAGGAUAGUUUCUAUGACGAGAGCGAUCUUCUGGAACAACAGGGCAUGGAAACCGUGAUCCAGCGAUAUAUGUCCAAGCCGGGCACUGACUUGGAUCUCCUGGAUCAGCUGCAACUGUACGAGGCUGUGCUUGAAGUGAGUUUACUACUUAUUUGGGGAUAUCUUAUGAGCUCAGACAACAUAAAUAUUUUAUUACUCAGAUUUGAGGAUGGUGAGUCGGACGGACAGCGUUUGCCGCAGAAUUCAAUGCGUAAAACGCAGCGUUAUCGUCCGGGGACAAACACCACCGAGAGGCGCAAGUCUCGACGUCACAGCACUGACAAUAGCCCCGCCCCCUUGACCAAGGUCCUGCCCACCACAGUCCUUCGGAUGACGCCCACCCAGGGCACCUUGGAUGAGGAUAGUUCCGGGUCCACCAACUCCACGGAAUUCAGCGGGGGAUUGUUUAAUGAAAAGAAACCUCGCGAUGGAGCAGGCGUGACUCCAGGACUUCGCAGGAGGCGAGAGCGGGCGGAGCGGCACAAGAGCUUCCUGAAGGAGCAACAAGAGGCGGCGGCCAAUGGCAUAUUUGCUGCUCUAGAGCAGCGCGAAGGUCUGGGCCAAAUAGUAACUGCCAUACCCGCCACCAUCCAAGUCGGCGACAGUCCGCCCGAGUCUUUGCAACACGAGGAGCCGCCGUGCAACAACCUCAGCGGAAUCGGCAGCCUCAGUAACAACAAUGUGAGCAGCCUCAGUUGCAAUGACACGCCGAACAACAGCCUGCUGCUGAUGAGUCCCAGCAAGCAAUUGCUGACCGGCAGCCACAGCAUCUCCAUCAUAAACAACAGCUUCGACAAGGCGAGCAAUAACAACCAGAGCGAGUUCCUGACGAAAAAGAAUCUGUUUCGAGAGCGCAAUUCAACUGUGAUCAGUGGCAUUAUGAAGAAUAUACAGCAAACCGAUAGUGCCUACAAGAAGUACGAGAACGAGGCGAAUCGGCUGAACAACUACUACAGUCAGUCGCCCAAGCACCAGAUCCAUCAGCCCAUGCAGCCCGCACCGGAAGUGCUGUUGAGUCCCAAGAAAACGUUGAAUGCCUCGGGAUUUGACCUUGCUCCCGCUCCGCUGAGCUCCACCCCCGUUAAGUGUGAUGUCCUGCCCGAGCCGGAGCCACUGAGUCCGGUUAGGAAGCCCGUGGCGGCCCCCCCACCGCCUCCUCCACCGCCACCGCCGCCACCACCGCCCCCUGGCUGGUGGCACGCCCCCAUCUACAGCAGCCCGCCCGCAGCUCGAACCCUAACCAGUACUAACCCAGAUCUGCUGCCGCGUCCUGUGGAUCCUUCAGAUAUGGAGCGCGAGGACAAGCACCUGCUGCAGCAGCUGAAGCGGGACCACACCGUCAAGGACCUUACCCAGAAGCUGAGCAACCUGCCCAUGAGUCCCACCCAGGAAUCCGCCAAUCGAGCCCUCGUCGGCGACAUGUCCGGCCUCAUUUCGAAGGCCAAAGAGGGUCUGGCCAAGAGCAAGAGCAAGGGAGAGAUAUCCAGGUCUUCGAGUGUGGACCAGGACCUAAAGAAGUCCGAGCCCAAGAAGUCGGAGAACGAACUUCACUGGGAGGAGCUGGUUAGGAACAGGACGAGGCCCCUGAAUCUCUGUGACCUGGACUUCACGGAUCUGAGGGAUGAUGACGAGAAGGAUGUGCUGGCUCCUCGUAGUCUGGGCGCCGGUAUACCACCUCCGCCACCGCCACUGGGAGGAGCCAUUGCCCCACCACCCAUGAUGCCGCCCAGCCUGGCACCUCCACCCAUGUUCGGAUAUGGCGGCAGUCUCACCAACAGCGUCAACUCGCUGAACGGAUCUAUAAAUGGGGAGCUGGUCAACGGGAAUAACACCAUCAAAAAGAACAAGAAGACGGUCAAGCUCUUCUGGAAGGAAGUGCGCGAGGACAUGAUACCACAGGUGGUGGGCAAGACCAUUUGGGAUGAGUUGCCCGAUGCCAAUGUGGACACCCAGAAGCUCGAGCAUCUCUUUGAGUCCCGGGCCAAAGACUUGAUGACCAAGAAACAACAAGAGCUGAACAAGAGCAAAGAGAUCAUCGUGCUCGACCACAAGCGCUCCAAUGCCAUCAACAUAGCGAUCACCAAGCUGCCUCCUCCGCGGGCCAUCAAAACAGCCAUCCUCAAGAUGGACGCCACUGUGGUCACGCGCGAGGGCAUCGACAAGCUGCUCAACAUGCUGCCCACCGACGAGGAGCGGGGCAAGAUCCAGGAGGCGCAGCUGUCCAAUCCCGAGCUGCCCCUGGGCAGUGCCGAGCAGUUCCUGCUGACCCUGGCCUCCAUUUCGGAGCUGGAGGCCCGCCUCAAGCUGUGGGCCUUCCGCCUGGACUUUGACAACAGCGAGAAAGAGAUUGCGGAACCCCUGAUGGACCUCAAGCAAGGCAUUGAGAUCCUGCGUCAGAACCGCACCUUCCGCAGCAUCCUCUCCACGCUGCUGUCCGUGGGCAUCUUCCUGAACGGUGCUCCGGUCAAGGGAUUCCAGAUCGAGUACCUGGCCAAGGUGCCGGAGGUGAAGGACACAGUGCACAAGCACUCGCUGCUGCACCACCUCUGCCACAUGGUCAUGGAAUCGAGCAGCGACACCAGUGAUCUCUACUCGGAGAUUGGACCCAUCACGCGAGCCUCCAAGGCGGAUUUCACGGACUUGGCCCACAAUCUCAACCAGCUGGAGGCGGAAUGCAAGGCGUGCUGGGAUCGUCUGAAACUGAUUGCCAAACACGACUGCCCCCCACCGCUGAAGCAAAAGUUGGUUGACUUCCUGGCCGACUGUGCGGAGCGCAUCAUCAUCCUGCAAAUCGUCCACCGGCGGGUGAUGAACCGCUACCGCAAGUUCCUCCUUUGGCUGGGCAUGCCGCAGCACAGUGUGGCGGAGUCGCGGCCCAACGAGUUCUGCCGGACACUGUCCGAAUUCGCACUGGAGUACCGCACCACCAGGGAGCGAGUGCAGCAGCAGCUGGAGAAGAAGGCCAACCACCGCGAGAGGAACAAGACGCGCGGCAAGCUGAUCAUCGACAUGGCCAAGUUCAAGACCAAAGAUGACGUGGCCGACGACGAACUUAAAAAAUUGCUAGACACAUCUAGUGCAGACCAGGCUGAUGGAACGCUCACCUGGCGCAGAAGGCGGGCGGAGCAGCUCCGUUCGCCGAUCACCCGCCAGAGUGAGGAGCAGUUCACCGACGGUGACGAUGAGAUAUUGGAAUCUCUGGUAAAAACCGCCACCAAGGCACCCGGAACCCGGACAACUCCAAGGGAACGGAAACGGACGCGUCACGCGGAUCGCAAAUCAUUGCGUCGCACGCUAAAGAACGGUUUGACCGAAGAGGAAAAACAGCACGUGGCUGCCUUAAUACAAACCUAUUAGGACUAGGAGAUUACCAUAGUAGAUACCCGCAUCACAUCCGAGAUAAUUCUAUCCCCAGUGACGUCACAAGUCGGGCACUACGCGCACAGACUGAAAUUGGCGAUCUCAGGCGAGCAAGCGAACCCAGAAAAUCCCUUUUAUAUGACAACGUGCGCAUCAUCAGUACUGCAACAAUAUUUAAGUACCAACAACAUCAACGAAAAUGUCCUUAAACAAAAACGUUUUUCAUCGUGUUUUUCUGUUAUUUAAUUUUUUGUUUUUGCUUCAGCUAAGUAUUAUUAAUUAAACGUAAUUCAACAAA